UUCAUUCUCGCACAACAUUUGACAACAUCAUUCUUGAUCUUUUGCUCCUCACAAUCUCCAAGCCCUGAUUUUUCUUCUCUCUCUCUCUCUCUCUCUCUCUCUCUCACCUUCAAUCUGUUUUUAAAGUUUGGAUUUAUGCUCUUUCAAUUCAUAUUGCAAGUACAAAAAGGUGGAGCUCUUUUGAUCCGUGUCGCUCAAUUCAGCAGAUACCCUUUUGUUCAUCUCCUCUUAAUCCCUUAAAAAUAAAGGGAUUUUGCAGGACCAAAGAACAGAUUUUUCAUUUGGGUGAUUCCUUCAUAUUCUUGUUCUUGUGCACACGCUUUGAGCUGUUUGUUUCUACAGAAGCUAGCUGAGCCGGUUUAAUCUUGGUAAUAUUGGAAGGGAGUUGAUUGUUAGUGUGUUUUUGAGUGGAGAAAGAGAAGAAGAAGAUGAUGAUGAUGACAAUGGAAGGAAUGAUGGAGAAGGGUGUGUUGGAUGACAUACUAAGGAGAUUAUUGGAAGGCAAAGGAGGGAAGCAAGUUCAGCUUUCUGAGGCUGAGAUCCGCCAACUCUGCAUCAACGCUCGCCAAAUCUUCCUGUCUCAGCCCAAUCUCUUGAAGCUUCACGCUCCUAUCAGAAUCUGCGGUGAUAUACAUGGACAGUACCACGAUCUACUGAGGCUAUUUGAUUAUGGUGGCCACCCUCCCUCUGCGAGCUAUCUUUUUCUAGGAGAUUACGUAGAUCGUGGGAAGCACAGUUUGGAGACGAUAUGUUUGCUCCUGGCCUACAAAAUAAGAUAUCCCGACAAAGUUUUUCUCUUGAGGGGAAACCACGAAGACGCAAAAAUAAAUCGCAUCUACGGUUUUUAUGAUGAGUGCAAAAGGCGUUUUAAUGUUAGGCUUUGGAAAAUAUUCACCGAUUGCUUCAAUUGCCUGCCUGUGGCUGCCCUUAUCGAUGAUAAGAUACUUUGCAUGCAUGGGGGCCUCUCCCCGGAGUUGAACAAGUUGGAUCAAAUAAAGGAAAUAUCGAGGCCAACCGAGGUUCCCGAUGCCGGUCUUCUCUGUGAUCUUCUGUGGUCUGACCCAGACCCUAGUAUUGAUGGUUGGGCCGACAGUGAUCGUGGUGUCUCAUGUACUUUUGGAGCUGAUAAGGUUGCUGAGUUUUUGGAUAAGAAUGAUCUUGAUCUCAUUUGCCGAGGUCAUCAGGUGGUAGAGGACGGGUAUGAAUUUUUCGCGAAACGGCGGUUAGUCACAAUCUUUUCAGCUCCCAAUUAUGGAGGGGAGUUUGACAAUGCAGGUGCAUUGCUAAGUGUUGAUGAGAAUUUGGUGUGUUCGUUUGAGAUACUGAAACCAGCUGAAAGCAAAGCCUCUGGCAGCUCCAGUUCAUCAAGAAUGACUCUUAAGAAGCCUCCACAGCUUGGAAGAGUCUGAUCCGCGGACCGUGGUCUCUGAAAGAUGUUCUUCUUUUGACAAGAAAAUGAGAAGGAAAGCUGGUUUCGUGCAUAAGCUAGAUACCUGUCAUAGAUAAGAUAAGGAUAUGCCCUCCAUUUCGACGAAAAAGUCCAAUCGUUCAAGAACAUCCGAGUGCAGCAACGAUGGUAGGAUGAGAGUUGGUUCAGGAUCUUCGAUCUCACAUGCUCUAUUUGCAGCUGAGAAAGGGAGACCUUAGACCUUAGGACGCCCGAUGGAAAUCGCUCACCUAGGGUAAACUGAUGAUUUGAAUUUUCUUCGUCUGUAAUUUUUUGGUGUCAACUGCAAGUGUGCUCAAGAGUUGUCUUCGCAACAAGCCUCUGUUAAUAUUUCAGUUUUAUUCCCUA